AUGCCACCAAAACAGCAAAUUCACAAGCUUUGUCAAAUAUUUUCCUCCUCCAAAACUCCCCAAACAAAUUCCUUAUUACCUAAGCCUCUUCGGACAUCCCUCACCCCUGCCUCUUCUGAUACGGCCGAGUCACCUGAUCUCCCAACUUGGCUCCGUCACAAAGAAAACUCAGAAUUCACCGAUCACAAUGAUGACGAUUUUAUUAUUCCUACAGUAGCCGAAUGGACUAAGAAUGACAACGUUGGAAACGUCAAUCAGGUAGGCGGUCACUUGCUGUUUGAAACUGAUGUUAGUGAUGUCGAUAAAGUUGGUGAAAUCCUACAGAAACACUACCCAUCAACGGAUAGUGUUGUUCAAGCGUUGAAUGGAUGCGGUGUUAAUGCCACAAACGCUUUGAUUUCACAGCUUUUGAAGAGGUUUAGCAAUGAUUGGGUUCCCGCUUUUGGGGUGUUCAUUUGGGCAAAAAAUCAAACAGGUUAUAUACAUACAUUGGAGAUAUAUGAUUCCAUGGUUGAUGUCUUAGGGAAGCGCAAGAAGUUCUGUCUUAUGUGGGGAUUGGUUAAGGAAAUGGAGUUAAAAGGGUAUAUUUCGUUGGUUACAAUGAGCAAGGUGAUGAGGCGGCUUGCUAGAGCUGGCCAGUAUGAAGAUGCUAUUGAGGCAUUUAGAGGAAUGGAAAAUUUUGGUGUAAGUAAAGACAUAGAAGCAUUGAAUACACUAAUGGAUGCAUUGGUUAAGGAGGGAAGUGUUGAGCAUGCUCAUAGUGUGUUUAUGGAGUUUAAGGAUUGUAUGCCUGCAGACCCUCGUAGUUUCAAUAUUUUGAUACAUGGGUAUUGCAAAGCAAGAAAAUUAGAUGAUGCAAGAAAGAUUAUGGAUGAAAUGGAGAAACAUGGGUUUCAACCUAACGUUGUUUCAUACUCCUGUUUCAUUGAAUCAUAUUGUAAAUCGAAAGAUUUUCGAAAUGCCGAUGCAACUUUAGAUGAGAUGCAAGAAAAGGGUUGCAAGCCUAACGUGAUUACAUAUACCAUUAUCAUGCUUGCUUUGGGGAAAGCAAAGCAAGUAAAUGAAGCCUUGGAGGUUUAUGAUAAAAUGAAAAGAAAUGAAUGUGUGCCUGAUUCUUCAUUUUAUAGCUCUUUGAUUUAUAUCUUAAGUCAGUCUGGAAGACUGAAGGACGCUUGGGAUGUUUUUGAGGAUAUGGAAAAGCAAGGAAUUCGUCGGGAUUUGUUGACUUAUAAAACCAUGAUCACAUCUGCUUUUAAUCAUUCGCAAGAAGAGAAUGCAUUGAAGUUGCUUCAAAGAAUGGAAGAAGAUUCAUGCAAACCAGAUAUACAGACAUAUGCACCUUUACUGAAGAUGUGCUGCAAGAAGAAGAGAAUGAAGGUACUCAAGUUUUUGUUGAAUCACAUGUUUAAGAACAAUGUCAGUAUCGAUCUUGGUACAUAUACUCUUCUGGUGCGUGGACUUUGUAAGAAUGGGAAGCUUGAACAUGCUUGCUUCUUCUUUAAAGAAACAGUAUUGAAGGGAAUGAUUCCUGAAGAUGGCACAUACAAGAUGUUGCUGGAGGAACUUGAGAAAAAUGACACGACCGAAGCCAAGGAAAAGAUUCAGAAAUUGAUGUUACGGGCUAAAGGGCAAAAUCCAAUUUAGUCUAGGCUUAAACGAUGUCCGUUAAGAUUGGCCUAGCAGUCGACAAAACCUAAACCUUUGUGUGUUUUUAUAAUUUUGUUUAAUUGAUUCUAGCAAUUUAUUCUGAUUUUAAAA